UACAUUGAAUGUCACCGGGGUUUCUCGGUUUGUGUGAAAUGAAAAUGAAAAUUUGAAAACGGAAUUAAUAUAUUAGAAGAUAAUAUUAUGUUGUGUAUAUAAAUAAGAGUUAUUUUAGUGAUAAGGACUACUGCUGCAGUAAAUUAUUUAUUUGCUAAAAUGUUUCGUACAAUCACGAAGUUGUCACCGACAAUAGCUUUAGGCGUAUUUCGACAUUCUUCUAGUCAAUAUGACAAGGACCUGCUGAAUAGGCCAAACCCUAGUGGUCCUGAGACGGGUUGGGAUAGAGUCAAACAAAUGUAUACGGGCGGUGAAUUUGAGGAAGUUUCUGAAGAAUUAAACACAGUACUGCAGUCAUCAUUAUGUGGAGCGUUUAUUGGUGCGUGUAUGGGAGGAUUUGUUAGUUCUCGGGUAGCUUAUCUGAAUUUCAUUGAGAAUAAUCAAGCUACAAUAUUCAAAUCUACUGCCGCCGCUAAGAAACAAUUGCAAAAUUAUGUAACUGUAGCAUUUGCAAAGGGAGCAUAUAAGUGGGGCUGGAGAUUGUGUUUCUUUACAGGAAUAUUCAGUUUAACAUCAACCACAAUAUCAGUGUACCGAGGAGACACGUCUUUAAUUGAGUUUGUAUCAGCCGGUGCCCUAACUGGGGCGUUAUAUAAAAUCGAUAUGGGUUUGGCUGCUACUCUAGUGGGUGCUGGUUUAGGAACCGCAUUGAGUUUUGUUGCUGGCAUAACUAUUUUAGGAAUAUUGAAAGUGACUGGCGUGGACAUGAUAGAUAUUAGAAAAGCUUUGUACAAAUUAAAAGAAGCUCGAGACGAGCAAUUCAAUCAAGCAUUAGAGAAAUCAUCAAAACAAAAGUAUGACAGCCUAACGGACCACCAUACAAAGUUAGUUAUCGAAGAAGGAGAGAAGAAAAUAGAAGAAAUGUAAAUUAAUAAAAAAUCCAACUCACCAUAUUGUAAAUAAAUAAACCAAUAUUAAGUUAAAUAUUCUUUUUAAAAUCUGUUUGUUUUAAUUCAAUUUAACUUCAAUUAUUGAUUCUAGUGUCACAAGAUUAAUUAACAUGAAUUUAACUUAAAAUUUAAAGUGUUUUCCUGUAAAAUGAAAAGUAACUUCUGAUUUUUUGUCUUUUGUUGUUCAUAGGCAAUAACCUCUCUGAUUCGAUGUUUUAUUCAUAUCAGCUAUAAGCUGGAUCUGCAGAUUGUGAAUAUAAUAGAUUAUAUUAGUAAAAUAAAUGAAUUUAUAACA